AUGAGUGACGGGACAGUUAUCAGAUCAGUUAUUAUUGAUGAGCCAUCAAGAGUUGUAAAAUGGGAAAAUCUUCUAUCCGCAACAAACUAUACCGUACAGAUCUUUUCAAAUGAACAUGUAGACAAACAGGUUAUAGCUUCAGCAUGGGCUGUGACUCAAAAGGCUUAUCGGGCACCAACAGUAACUAUUGAUAUACCAUUUGCAUCAGUAACUAACAAUAGUUUAAAUGUAAGAAUAUACUUCAACAGUGGAAGUGAAAACAAGACUGCUUACGGAAGACUUUUACUUGAGAAUAGCAGUGUUGUUGAGUCGUUCAAAGUUGACAAGCCGUCAGUCUUCGAAAGCUUUCAAGAACUUGUAUCUGGAACAAAGUAUAUUGUGGAAGUUUAUACAUAUUUAAACGGUAGCCUGAAAUCGAGGUUUAUCUUGGCUCCAAAACGAGCGAAAAAAUUUGCAAUAAGCUCAACAACAUUCGGAUGCAAGUUUCAACCAUGGCAAGACAAUAUAUUAAGCGUACGCUGGACCGUCCAGAGAAAAGAAAGGAACUUUACAUUAACCAAAGUUGCUGAACAUGUUAAAGAUGUACAGAGUUUGUCUUUAACAGAAGAGGAUUUAGUGAACAAUCAUAUAUUCCUACCAUUUCAUAUAUCAUGUGCAGUUGCUGAAGGACAUGCUUCACUGGAUACCAACUUUUCAGUUUCUUCUGAGCUUUUGUUUGCUGGUAUCAAGAUUUUAACUCCGAUGAUAACUAUGCACAGGGACGAGACUGCAGCAAUUUUGUUUUCCCCCACUAUUCCAUUCGGCUGCACAAGGAUGCAGACGACAGAAAUAGACACAUGCAAUCUCACGUUGGCAAUCUCUAUUCCAGUCAGUAAAAAUUGCACCGGUAUUUCAACCAGAAAAUGUACAAUCAAUGUACCGGGAAAUGCUGGUAGCAGAAGUAGUCUUCAAAUUCAAGCCACAGAAGAUGGACAAUACGGCGUACAAAAAGAUGCUACACAUAAAGUGAUCCUAAGAACAAAUCACGUGUCAAAUGAUUCGAUAUGGAGGGAUUAUACAUUACCUGCUGUGACGGUUUUGGUUAAACCAGAAACAAGCACGUAUUAUCGGGGUAAAAGAUGUGAAGCUUUGAACGACCCACACAUGUACACAUUUGACGGGAAGCGCUACGAACACCACGAACACCUGUCGGACGAAUACGUCAUGUACACUCACGUAUCAUACACAGCCAAG